AUGCCAUCAUUACCAUGGCCAUCUUUCAUCGGCACGCGCCCUGCGGACUUGUUGAUUGACGAGCUGGAGGAAAUGAUCCGCACUGAACCCAAAGUCUUCGUCAAGAUACUACCCAAGGACUCGGAGCUCUCCUCGCAGUCGACCAAGGCACGCAGAAACCUGUCAACUGAGCUUGUCUAUCAUCAUGACCUCCAUCAAAAAUAUUGGGGCCUCGCCGACAGGCAGCCAGAACCACCAGCUACUUGGGAAAUGCCUGGAAAUGCCAAGCUAUAUACACUUCCGUCGUAUAUCGUAUUUUUCAAGGAGUAUCUGAGGCUAUUCAAGUACAUCGACAUCAAGCGCACUCAUGACUUUCUUACCAUGCGCACCGGCUUCAGAACUCAAAGUCACUCUGGCGUGUUUAUAAUUGGCAUGCCAGGCAUUGGAAAGUCAAUGUUUUUAUGGUUAUACCUGAUGAUCUCCCUGGCAUUGCAACUGCCAAUUGUAAUCUUCUGGGAAAGCCACCUUUUUCUGCACACCAAGUCUGGAGCCUAUCGCGUCACGUGCGACAUCAAGGAUUUUGUUUACCGCGAGGCUCUGAAAGGCCUGGCGUUUCUUAUCAAUAUGGACUGGAUCGGGGAGAUUCCAGCAGGUCUUGAUGUAACAGGGCUAAUGUUCGUCAUCGCGGCGACUUCCUCACAACCACAUCAGUACAAGAAGUGGUCAAAGAAUGCCAGCAUGGCGACCCUCAUUAUCAACCCCCCGACAGAAGAAGAAUUGCGGGAUUAUUUUUGUCGGGAGCUUCCACAGCAAAGCGACAUGACCUUUGAAGCCGCCUUUGGCCUGGCAGGUCCAAAUAUCCACACAUUAACCGAGCUCCAGUACGGAAUGAUAACUGAGGUUCAAGUUAUCAGAGACAUUCGCCUCGGGUUCAGCAAUCUUCACGACAACGACUUGGACAACCUUCUUUUCUCCUCGAGCACACCAGACCUCAAAUUAUUGUCUCAUAGCUUAAUAUCUAUCAAUCGCUCGGAGACCGGCAUGCGAACCGAACGCGGACAAGAUGCCAUGGUACACCAAGUACCCAAAACUGUCCUUCGUCUUUUGCACACGCAUCUGGCACAGCGGCAACUCGGAUAUCUCCAUCGGAUGUACAAGCUCUUUGCCGGCAGCAGUCAAUUGAGUGUACCACGUGCAUGGUGUUUCGAAACCCUUUGUCAUCGUCUAUUUGCGACGUCCUCCCCGAACACAGUUGUCAAACUUUUUUCUAUGGCGGUGGCUGGAGCCGAACUUGAACCAAAGUUCUCGCCUCAGAGCUUGGAAUGGCCCAUGGCACAGCGCUCAAUGCAGACGUUCGUGGCUUCCGAGACACCUAAGCACACCAGCAAUAUCGAUUGCUACUACAUUCCAAUUGAAGCCAACAACCCAACAUUCGAUUCCAUGGUCCAUUUAAGCAACCCAUCCCGACUGGUUGGUCUCCAGAUGACAAUGUCGGCAACUCAUUCACUCAAUCAAUCGGGUUUGGAACGACUCCGAGAACGCCGUCUCCCGGAUGAAGAACUCUGGCUUGUCUAUGUUAUUCCCGAAGGGCAGACGAUCUCGGUCCCCUACACUGACACAUCGCCCUUCAACCAAUUUAAAUAUUUUUGCUGCCCUGUCGACGUUGGUAACGUCUCGCAAGAGCUGGACGGCUGA